CCUAAAAAAGCAAAAUUUGUUUGGUUAAAACUCAAAAGUUAGUUUAAACCACAAAAUAAAAACAUGAAAGUUAGUUGAUCCCCCGUUUCCCGCGUGAAAAGCUUUUGUGAGCAGCAAAAAUGGAGAAGAAAUCUUGAGACGGACAAAUAAUCUGAACAGGGAAAAAGAAUUCAUUGGACAAGAUUCAAGAGAGAGAAAGAGGAUUAAUUUGGAUUCUCCUCUCCUUUUUCUUUUUCUCUCUUUCUUUCUCUUCGAAUCUCUGAUUAUCCUCUAUUAUUUUUGGAUUCUCAGGGACAUUUCAACAAACAGUUGGUGGGCAAUGUCUUUUUCAGAAGACAUGGGGACGCUGCCCAUCAACUCUACUGCCGUCGCCAUUGACAAGGAUAAACACAGCCAAUUUGCAGUGAAAUGGGCAAUUGAUCAUCUUUUGUCCGGGAAUAAUUUCCUCAUUUUGGUCCAUGUUAGACAGAGAAAUCCUGACGGAAGUUUGGAUUUUGAUCCUCAACAUAUUUUCAUCCCUUAUCGUGGAUAUUGUGCUCGCAAAUCGGUUCAAGUGAAAGAGGUUAUUCUUGAUGAUUCUGACGUAGCUAAGGCUAUACUGGACUAUGUCAACAGCAACUUCAUCACUAACAUUGUUAUCGGUGCAUCUACACGAAAUGCUCUUGUGAAAACCUUCAAAAAACUUGAUGUGCCAAGCCAUGUGACCAAAUGUGCGCCAGAGUUCUGUUCGGUGUAUGUGAUUGCGAAGGCAAAAGUGCUUAGUGUACGAUCAGCUCAACGUCCUGUUGUUAAUACUCCUAUUCCUCUUAAGCUUUCACCUUCAGUAGUAUUAACUCAUCAACAUUCCGUUGAACAUGCAUCUUUCGAUGAUCUCCACUCAAGAACACCUUCUCUUCGAGGAUCAAACUCCAACCCAGCUGAAAGAAACAAUGAUAGCAGCAGGGGAGGACGGCAGGCCAUGUUGGGCGGUUCUUGGAAGGGUUCAGUGUCAAUGGAAAACAUUGACAUUUCUGGUGGCAGCGUAAGCAAUCGAAGUUCCUUAUCGGAUGAUGAUCAUUUGGACCAUUUUCCAUUCUGUAAUAUGCAUGAUGUGCCAGCCAAAGAGUUGGACUUUUCUUUUGUUGGUGGUGUUCCAAGAAGGGAAGAUACUCACUCACCGAAUAAUCUAGAAGCAGAAAUGAGACGCUUAAGGCUUGAGCUGAAGCAAACUAUGGAUAUGUACAGCUCGGCUUGCAAAGAAGCAAUCACUGCAAAGCAGAAGGCUAAAGAGCUAACUGAUUGGAAGACGGAGGAACUCCGGAAGUUUGAGCAAACAAGGUAUUCUGAGGAGUCGGCUUUUGCAAUGGUUGAAAUGGAGAAGGCUAGGUGUAAAGCUGCUGUAGAAGCUGCUGAAGCAGCACAGAAGUUAGCCGAGAAAGAAGCACAGAAAAGGAAGUUUGCUGAAAUUAAGGCUAAGCAAGAAGCAGACGAGAAGAACAGGGCACUAAGUGCGCUAGCUCAGAAUGAUGUAAGGUACAGGAAAUACACCAUAGAUGAGAUAGAAGUUGCAACUGAAAAAUUUUCCCCCCAUUUUAAAGUUGGUGAAGGUGGUUAUGGACCCGUUUACAAAGGUAGACUAGAUCAUACACCGGUUGCAAUCAAAGUAUUAAGACCAGAUGCAGCACAAGGAAGGAGGCAAUUCCAACAGGAGGUAGAGGUCUUAAGCUGUAUGAGACAUCCGCAUAUGGUACUUCUCCUAGGAGCAUGCCCUGAGUAUGGUUGCUUGGUUUAUGAGUACAUGAACUAUGGAAGCUUGGAGGAUAGGCUUCUACGGAAAAAUGGUACCCCUCCUAUUCCUUGGAGAAUUCGGUUCAAAAUUGCAGCUGAGAUUUCGAUUGCCCUUGCAUUUCUUCAUCAGGCAAAGCCUGAACCCCUGGUACACCGUGAUCUGAAGCCAGCUAACAUCCUCCUAGACCGCAACUAUGUGAGCAAAAUUAGUGAUGUAGGUCUAGCUCGAUUGGUUCCGCCUUCUGUAGCAAAUAGUGUCACACAAUAUCACAUGACUUCUGCAGCAGGAACAUUCUGUUACAUUGAUCCGGAGUAUCAGCAAACUGGGAUGUUGACCACGAAAUCUGAUGUGUACUCGUUGGGGAUUAUGUUGCUUCAGAUAAUUACUGCAAAGCCUGCAAUGGGUCUCAGCCAUUAUGUUCAACGGUCCAUUGAGACCGGCACUUUUCCUGAAAUGCUGGAUCCUGCUGUGCAUGACUGGCCUAUUGAAGAAGCUCUAUCGUUUGCACAAAUGGCCUUAAAAUGUUGCGAGUUAAGGAAACGAGAUCGCCCUGAUCUUAGUACUGUUGUGUUGCCAGAACUCUGUCGACUAAGAGAUUUUGGGAUGACAGAAGAUCCAAACAAUUUCUACGCUUAUCAGCCAGUAAAUCAUAUACCAAUUCCACGCCCAAGAUCAUCAAUGGGCCAAGGAAACUCUAACACAUCAUCAAGUUCACACCAACGAUCUCCAUAUCCAGGCCAGGGUGGUCCUUCGAGAACCAGUCCAUUGAGAACGAAUCCUUCCUGGACACCUUCACAGGGCUCAGGUUAAGGGUGCAGAACUUCCACAGGGCUCACAAUAAGGACGCAGAAAAUCUGUAGGAGGCUGCUUCAGCAAUGCUGUGAAAGUCUGUAUAGUACUUGCGUGUGUAUAUUUUCAUGCUUGGUGUGUAUAUCUUGAUCCUUAAAUGGAAGUUAAGGCUUCAUGUACAUGGGAUUCUGUUUUUUGUUCCACAGUUAAGGAAAAUGAAAUUUUUUAGAUCAGUUUCUAA